AUGUCCGCGAUCCGCGCGACCGGCAGUCCGUCUCGCCGUUCCAGCUCGCGGUGUGGCAGUCUGUGCUGGCCAGACGUGGCGCGCUACCUCGUCGUCGACCUGCGGCAGCGCGGGCUCGACUUCCACGCGACGCAGCGGCAGGGCCACACGCCGCUGCACAAGGCUGCGUGGGGCGGCCCUGUCGACCUCUGCCGCUGGCGCAGGGUCGUGUGCGGCGUCCUGUCUAGACGCUCCUAUUUUGCUGUUUGGACGCUGUCUGGACACUGUCUGGACGCUGUCUGGACGCUGUCUGGACGCUAUCUGGACGCUGUCUGGACGUGGAAGAUCGUGUGA